AUGCCCCCGCUCCCUCACCAACAUGUCCCUCGCCUCAUAACCUACUACCAAACGCACCACACCCCCUCGGGCGACCCCAUCUCCGUCCUCCCCUUUCUCCAAAAACCCGGCAUCCACCUCACCCACCUAAUCCUCGCCGCCAUCCACAUCAACUCCGACCCGGAGGGCAUCACGCUCAACGACCACCCGCCCUCACACCCGCGCUUCGCAACACUAUGGGACGAGCUCCGCAUCCUCCAAGCCUCAGGCAUCAAAGUCCUCGGCAUGCUCGGCGGCGCCGCCAAGGGCAGCUUCGAACGGCUUGACGUCUCCGAUCCAGAUUCCGACAUCGAAGGCAUGCCCCGUUUCGAGCGGUACUACCAGCCUCUCAAGCGCCUGGUUCAGGAGCGGGGACUAGACGGUCUAGACCUGGACGUCGAAGAAGAAAUGUCCCUUUCGGGGGUAAUCCACCUGAUCGACCGGCUGCGCAAGGACUUUGGGCCGGAGUUCCUCAUCACCCUGGCGCCCGUAGCGGCCGCGAUGCUGGACCCGGAAAAAAACCUGUCGGGAUUCGACUACGAGGCGCUGGAGGUGAUGAGGGGCAAGGAGAUAGCGUGGUACAACACGCAGUUUUACUGCGGGUGGGGGAACUGCAGCAAUCCGGUCAUGUACGAGAUGAUGGUCAUGAAGGGGUGGGCGCCGGAGAAGAUUGUGGUGGGUUUGAUCACGAACCCGGAGAACGGCGGCGGGUGGGUAGCCUGGCCGGCGCUGGCGGGCGUGCUGCCGCUGCUGGUGGGCAGACAUCCGAGGUUCGGAGGCGUGAUGGGUUGGGAGUACUUUAAUAGCUUACCUGGGUCGAGGGAGAGGCCGUGGGAGUGGGCGCAGGUCAUGACGGCCCUGUUGAGGGGGAGACAGGCGUCGGAUGCGGGAACGCAGUUGUUGGUUGGGCUGGGGGCUCCUUUGCAUCUUGAUGUUGCACAGCAGCAGCAUCAGCAAGAGCAGCAACAGCAACAAGAAGCAAGGCAGCCUCCACAGACCGAACAACAAGAAAAGGGAGGAGUGGCUGGGCUAGUGGACAAGGACGAAGUGGACGCGCCCAUUGCAGUGCCAAAUUCGUUUGAUUACCACACUGAUGCAGAAGAUGAGCAUGAGUAG